GCAUUUGUCAAGUUAACACCUGCUUUAAAUUGGAAAAGGUGUAACAUUGUCACUUCAAAUUUGUUCAUCCCAACAAGAAAUUGUUCAAAAUGUGUAAAAUCUUAAAAACGACUAAUUUAAUUCUCAUAAUAAUUUUAAUAAAUGGUGCCCGGUCUUUGAAUCAAAGUGAAUUAUUGCAAACCGAAGAUGAGUCGCCAGUGAAUUGUAUGAGUGAAAAAAUAAUUAAACGUUAUCAAUUCAAUACCGAUAUCUAUCAGUCGUGUGAAAGUCGGGAGGCCCAAGCUUUGCAUAACCGUAAACCGCGUCGUGUUGAGCCGAUUUUUCGUGGAAAACCCAAACCUCGUCGCGAUGUGUUGGCAACGAAAUUUCAUUUGAAUUUGGAUAAUCGCCAAACUGCAUCUCUGGUUUCGUUGGUCAACAAAAUUGCCACCGAAUAUUUAAGUAAAUGUCCACCCAUUAUCUAUUAUGACAGUUUUGUGGAAAAAUCGGAAAGUUUACUCCUGGAGUUGUUGUUUAAAACGUUUCCCUUCACCUACUAUCAUGGAGAAAUAAAUAGUCGUUAUGUGGCCCACAAUAGACGUCUUAAGAACUCCAUUGAUUCGAAUUGUCAAAGUUAUAUUUUAUUUUUAUCCGAUCCCCUGAUGACCCGCAGCAUUAUUGGCCCUCAAACGGAGAAUAGAGUUUUGGUCAUAUCACGUUCAACACAAUGGAAAUUAAAGGAUUUCCUCUCAUCGGAAAAGUCAUCAAAUAUUGUGAAUUUGUUAGUAGUGGGUGAAUCACUGACGGCGGAUCCGAAUAAGGAAAGACCAUAUGUCCUCUACACCCACAAAUUAUAUGCCGAUGGCCUGGGAUCCAACAAACCGGUGGUACUGACCAGUUGGCUAAGGGGUGGUCUCACACGACCCCACAUAAAUCUUUAUCCCAAAAAGUUUCAAAAUGGUUUUGCCGGACAUCGUUUUCAAGUGAUGGCGGUCAAUCAACCGCCUUAUAUUUACCGUAUAAAAACCCUGGACUUUACUGGGGUGACCCAGGUGCAUUGGGAUGGCAUUGAAUAUCGUCUGCUGCAAAUGAUGGGACAGAAAUUGAAUUUCUCAAUUGAUAUUUUGGAUAAUCCCAAUACGGGAAGAAAUGAAAGACCCUGGGAACUACUGGAGUACAAUGUGGCCCAACGUUUGGUUGAUGUUGGCAUGGGCGGCAUGUAUGUUUCCAAUGAUAAGCUGGAAAGUGUGGAUUUCUCGGUGGGACAUUCCAAGGACUGUGCCGCAUUCAUAACCCUGGCCUCUAAGGCCCUGCCAAAAUAUCGGGCGAUAAUGGGUCCCUUUCAAUGGCCCGUCUGGGUGGCGUUGAUAUGCAUUUACUUGGGUGCCAUAUUUCCCAUUGUUUUUACAGAUCGCCUGACGUUGAGCCAUCUCCUUGGCAAUUGGGGUGAAAUUGAAAAUAUGUUUUGGUAUGUUUUCGGCAUGUUUACGAAUUCGUUGACAUUUUCGGGCAAAUAUUCCUGGGCCAAUACACAAAAAGUAUCGACGAGAAUUUUAAUUGGUUCCUAUUGGAUAUUUACGAUUAUAAUUACGGCAUGUUAUACGGGAUCGAUAAUUGCUUUUGUCACCUUGCCCGCUUUUCCUGAUACGGUGGAUUCGGUAAUGGAUUUGCUGGGCUUAUUUUUUAGAGUUGGAACGAUUGAUAAUGGCGGUUGGGAAUAUUGGUUCCAAAAUUCCUCCCACGAACCCACAUUUCGCUUGUUCCAAAAAAUGGAAUAUGUCUCCUCGGUGGAAGAGGGUAUUGGUAACGUAACCCAAAGUUUCUUUUGGAAUUAUGCUUUCCUCGGUUCCAGAGCCCAAUUGGAAUAUUUAGUACAGGCGAAUUUUUCAAAUGAAAAUAUGUCACGCCGCUCAGCUCUCCAUCUUAGCGAGGAAUGUUUUGCCCUGUUCUAUAUUGGCUAUAUGUUCCCCAAGAACUCGGUAUAUAAACAAAAACUAAACUCCCUCAUAUUGCUAGCCCAACAAGCGGGGCUCAUCAAUAAAAUCGAAAGUGAAGUCAAAUGGGCAAUGCAAAGAUCAUCGGCUGGGAAACUGCUACAGGCCAGUUCCUCUUCACCCCUACGAGAAACCAUACAAGAAGAACGUCAACUAACCACAGCCGAUACUGAGGGAAUGUUUUUAUUGAUGGGCAUUGGUUAUGCGAUUGGUGCAAUUGCCCUGGUUUCGGAAAUUGUUGGUGGUAUAACGAAUAAAUGUCGACAAAUAAUAAAACGUUCUCGACAGUCUAUAUCCUCGGGUUGGUCAUCGAGACGUGAAAGUGUUGUUGUGCUGCCCGGCAAUGAGGCAAAAAAGAAAAUGCAUCAUAAGACGCGAGAAAAGAAGGGAUUUGGUUGGAGACAAUUGAAUUUAACGAGGACUACUCUCAAAGAAUUAUAUGGCGAUAAUCAUGGUGAAGUGCAGCAGGAACAUAAAAUCAAGAGUAGCCACAAAAGUCAAUGGGGUGGUUAUCACAACAUGGAUACGGAAAAUAAUUCCGAUGAUGCGGCAUCUCUCAAGUCCACCGUUAAUGAAUUCAUACUCAAUGAAAGACCCUCAAAGCACAACAAACAUGGUGACAUUAUUGAACAGGUGGUGGAUAGAUUUCUAAAAGAAGAAUUGGAAAAUACAUUAAAAACAUUUGAUCAAACCUUGGCCACCUAUCAGGAAGAUGAAGAGGAAAAUGAGGAACGAUUGUCUGCUGUUACCCAUCCAGAAGAUGCAGAAGAAAUAUUUGGAAGUUUUGUCAGUUCUUUUCUCGAUGAAAAUGCCAAGGUAUUAGAUAAUUUGCAAUUGUUUAAGGAUCCAAAUAGUGGAUCUGAGCAUGAAGCGCCACAAGAACAGGAAAGAGAAGAAAACACACAAAAGUAAAUUUUUUUCUAAAUUUAUUUUUAAAAAAAUGAU